UAUCAAAGGGCAAGGGAUGCAAUGCAGAGGCUGGGAGUAGACGAAGAAACCCUCACUAAUGUUUAUCAAGAAAUUCAGCCCAGCCAGCUCACUGUGAAUCAGGAAGUGACCAAGGAGAACAGACAUGGGCAGGGAUCAGACAGACUGGCUUGGUUUUGGAGAAUCAACAAUGGUGUAUUAGUCUAUAGGGUCAAUUGGUUAAAAGCUAAGGCUAGGUGGCAAAGGUGGGAGGAGGAGUUGAGUUUGGUCCAACAUGAGAUGGGUUGGACAGUUGGCUGGUUUCAACAAAAGAAGGAUGAAUGGCAUAGAAGAUAUCAUAAAGCCAAAAAAGCUGGCCAUCAAGAAUAUGCACAGUGGCAGGUGCUCUUGUGGGAAAAGUUUGAAUUGGAUGCCCAGAAUGCAUUCAAGGGCAAAAUGAUUAUAGUCAAUUAA